GAUAACAUGAUUCACCAUGGCAACAAGGGGUAAACAGCCUCGUUCCUCCUACUUCUCCCCAGUGGAGUUGGAAAUAUUAAUGACUGCGUAUGCAGAAAGUGAGCAUAUAUUUUUUAAAAAGAAGCAAUACUGUGGCAGCAGCAAAAGAGCGGGAGCUUGCGUGGCAGAAAAUUGCUGACCGAGUCAAUGCGUGCAACCCAACAGACACCAAACGGACUUGGCAGCAACUAAAGAUGAAAUAUAAAAAUGUAGUUCAAACAGCCAACAGAAAAAAGGCUGAGGCCCGCAAAACAGGUGGCGGUCCACCACCACCACCUCUCACAGAGGCUGAAAAGAUGGCCCUCAGUCAGAACAGUGGGCGACCCAUUGCUGAGGGCAUCUCUGGGGGGAGCUCAUCGGACCCACCCACGCCCCAGGACACAGGGGCCUACAUAAGAGUUACUGAUGGUGUAAUCUGUCUCGUGGAGCCUUCUGCCAUAACAGACCUUCAUGCUGAGGAUGAUGAAGACACCUUAUCAGCUGGCACAGAGAGGGAAGAUGUAGAGAGGCCUGUUGAAAGCAAUGCUGGAAAUUACAAUGAGGAAGAAGGUCCAUCAACCUCCACAGAACAGCUUACCUCACUCCCUGUGAAACAACUCUAUAAGGUAUGUUUGCAAGCACAAAUCAACAAAUUGCAUCUGGAAAUGGACCAUAUAAGGCUGCAGAUCACAAAGACAAAAAUGGAAUUACAAAUGCUGGACCAUCAGUUAAAGGUGGGUGACGUGCCCACAGGUGGAUGA